AUGUCUAGUUGGAGUUCUGAUCAUGAAGUUGAUCAAAUGGUAGAGGAGGAAGUUGAUAGCAUAGUGGAAGGGAUUCAGUACAACUACACUCAAGAGGAAGAACCACCAGCUCCAAUAUUCCGAAGAGUGCACAUAAAUAGAGACCGCGAAGAAGGCCACACUCGGCUAUGGAAUGAUUAUUUUGGUGAGAAUCCGACUUACACUCCCGCUAUGUUCCGUCAUCGCUUUAGAAUGAACAAACCAAUUUUCAAACGCAUAGUCAGUACUAUUGAGAAUGGAGUCCCGUACUUCAGACAAAGGCGAGAUGCUACUGGAAGGCUCGUUCUUUCUGCACUUCAAAAAUGUUCUGCAGCUAUCCGUAUGAUGGCAUACGGAUGUUUGGCAGAUGCGGUGGAUGAAUAUUUACGACUUGCUGAAACAACCGCACACAAAUGCCUUGAAAAAUUUGUAGAUGGAGUUAUCCAUCUAUUUGGAGACGUUUAUCUCAGGCGACCUACAAUGGAAGACCUCCAAAGAUUACUGCAUAUUGGAGAACAACGCGGUUUCCCGGAAUGGUGGGGAGCAUAG